AUGGCCCUUCUACAAAAUGAAGAUUUUGCCAUCUGGUUUCUGCGCACAUCUUACCUAGGGAGUGCGAAAGAUGGCACUGCGGAGCGACUCAUCAAUGUGAACUCAUCGAUUCUAAACAGUCCUGGAUUUCGCGCAGCAGGCUGGUCAGCGGAUCCUGUUCACCGGACAUACUCUCCACCCAUUCCGACAUCGAUCAACAGCGAGUAUCUCAAGGAAGGCGCCGACCUGCAGCAAGUAAAUUCCCAGGCUGAUGAAGAGGAUGAAGGUGGCCUCGUCACUGGGAGGACCAGCAACGACACCAUUGGUCCCGGUCUGAAUCUCAGGCGAAGAAGGAAAAAGGAGCAUGUCGAGGAUGACGACAGUAGCGAUCUCACCGACGAGUCAGAUGAGGAGGCUGACGGUGGGCAACGUGCGGCGCAACAAAUUCGCUUUGCAAAGAUGCCGUCUCGUCACCGAGCCGACUCUUCUCCAAUCCGCGGCUCGGAUGUAGACGGGGAAACGACAUCCCCAAUAAAAGGUCCCACUGACAAUCGACGCCGCACUGGAUCUCUCGGUGCUGUUGAAGCCGUGAAAGCCCGCGCCAGGCGAGAUACCACCACGAGCAGCGAUAUGUCCUCGGAAAAUGAAGUCGACCCAGCAUAUUUUCAGCGUCGUCAGGUCCAUGCAGGCCAAGGGUCUAAAUCUGCUCCCAAUCCCAAUGAAGGUCAAAUGACGACCAACGCAGAACCCGGUCAACCAGGAGAUGUGCAAGAUGACUCUGAUGCUGAAUCAGUUGGAUCUGCAAUGUCUUCUGAGCUGGGUGAUACCAUGGAUUCUGCGUCCCUCCUCAACACCAUGGAAGACACAAAUCUUACAUCGACACCACCCACGCUUGGCAGUCUGACCGGCUCGGGCUCUCGCUCAUCUCAACCAGAAUCUCCAAAGAGGCAGCGGACGUUGCCGAUCCUGCACGAACUACCGCCCCCUCGACCUAUUAGUAUGAUACAGCCCAAGAGCCUACUUACAGCGGCCCUCGGUGCCCAGAAAAAGGCUCCGAGCAACCCCAUACAAGCAUUUGCCGGUCUCUCAGGUAAAGGAACCCCGAACCCACUGUGGAUCAAGAUAUACACACCUUUCGCCAACGACGCCGAUGAACCCUUUGAGAUGCCCCUUGCUCGUACCUCUAAAGACGGUAGCAUGGUCAGCGUCGCAGAAGCGAUCGGUCACGCUCUGUGGAGAUAUGGGGAAGAAAAGCGGGAGCCUCCUCUCCGGUCUGAACAGCUCGAUGUCAAUAAGUGGACACUACGAAUGGUGGAAGAUGGAGAGGUGGAUGAUGAUUUCCCACCGCUCGUUCGCACGAGGCCAGUGGCAGAUUUCACGUACAACAACAAUAGGGGCGGCAGGGGUCGGACAAGAGAUCGUCCGUUUGAUGAAUUUGCGCUUGUCGAAGCUUCCGCUACUCAGUAUGAAGCGAACAAAAAGGAAACGCCUCAGUUUAUACCAGAACCAGCGGCCGAGGGUGGCCCUGUCGCUACGUUAGAUGGGGCUGCAUCGCAGCCUCAGGCACCCCCUCCUCUUCCCUCAAAAGCGCCACCAUCGCGAACCAACAUUCUCUUGGCUGGCCAGCCGUUCACCUCUGCGCUCAGCAACACAUCCUUGACGCCUGCAGAUCUCCCUGCGCCAGCCGCACCGCAGGCCACUCCACGCAUGGGCGCCACAAAGACCAUCAGGAUACGGUAUCUGAACCUCGAGAUGACCGCGCAGACAAUGACCAUGGAGAUCUCGACAGACGGCUACAUUGCUGAGAUUCUAGACCAUGUGUGCAAGAGAUGGAAUCUUGAGAAGGCUGGGUUUGUGCUAAAAGUGGCCGGGACCAAUACUGUUGCCCCCUUGGAUCGCACGGUGGAAGCUCUAGGUGGGCGGUCCGAGCUGGACCUCGUGCGUCGAAGGUUCGGGGCUGGUGCCAGUUUGACAGGCUCGCCGGGCAGUUCUUCGCCCAACGCGCCACUUUUACUGGACAUUCAAGGUCUCAAGAAGGGCAAGAGAGGCCAGGCUAAUCUCCCUCUGGCGCAGAAACAGGACCUCUUGUCAAGUGCCAGCAACUUCAAGAAGUAUUAUGUCACGAGGAAACAGUUGGGCGGCUUUGCUCAAGGAAGCCAGAGGGUGCUCGUGUUUGAUGGCGACAUCAUUCAUGUCAUGCCGGCAGAUACCAGCUCCAAUGCCAAAUUCAGUUCGAUUGCAUUCAACGAUAUCUUGAAGUGCAAGGUCAGCUCGAAGCACCCCAAGCUUGUCCGGAUCGUGGUGCGGCGAAUCAACGAGUCGAAACGGUAUGAUUUCGAGGCGCGGACAGCAGGGGAAGCACAGGAGAUUGUGGACGAGGUGACACGGGAGAUGAGGUUGGCGAGAGCAUGA